AUGUGGGAAAACAUAGGAAGUGAAUCUGGAUUGAACAAGGACUGCUGGAUCAUCAGGUAACCAGUUCUUCUGGCAAUAGGUGUUCAGCUUGUUUUAGACGUGGUUAGAUCCGCAGACUUGGGCUACAGAUGUGGGUGCCCAGCGUGCAUUUUGGGGCCUCUUCCUCUGCCACAAGGCCUCUGUUGGUGUCCGCUACCUUCUGCUGAUGGCGUUCUAACCUGUUUAUUUACUUUCAUUUGGUUUUUCCAUGUGUCUGUUUGCAACAUUUAUUGUUUGCUUCUGUUACUUCUUUGAACAAAACCAUUUAAAAUUUAAAACAUGCAAAUAAUAGGAUUGUAAGGUAAAGGUAAAGGUAAAGGUAAAGGUAAAGGUACCCCUGCCCGUACGGGCCAGUCUUGACAGACUCUAGGGUUGUGCGCUCAUCUCACUCUAGAGGCCGGGAGCCAGCGCUGUCCGCAGACACUUCCGGGUCACAUGGCCAGCGUGACGAAGCUGCUCUGGCGAACCGGCACCAGAGCAGCACACGGAAACGCCGUUUACCUUCCCGCUAUAAAGCGGUACCUAUUUAUCUACUUGCACUUAAGGGUGCUUUCGAACUGCUAGGUGGGCAGGAGCUGGGACCGAAGACGGGAGCUCACCCCGCCGUGGGGAUUCGAACCGCCAACCAUGCGAUCGGCAAGUCCUAGGUGCUGAGGUUUUACCCCCAGCGCCACCCUGGAUUGAAUAGGAUUGUAGCCUUACUGCAAAUCCCGCAGGAGGUAAACACUCAGGCCCAUCACCAAUAGCCUAAUUUUUCAUCUAGUGGAAAGCAAGAAACAAACUUCUGCCCUGGCCAGUGUGAGGCGAUAGGGCCUGGGAUGUGAAUCUGCCACUCUGCUCUACACCAAUUUCCUUGAGAAUUGACUUUUCAGUGAUUAAUUUUUUAAAUUUGUCACUAUGCAAGUAACUGGUGUGCAUAUAUAACAACAAAGUAAGGACUCAGCUACAUUAGUGAAGAAACAGCAAUUUUAAUGCACUAUAAACAUUCAACAUCAGAUGGCGCAAGAGAACAGGAAUUUUAAAAUGUGUGAUUUUUCAUAGAGAUUUUUUUCUUUUGUUAAACCGAUCAAAUUUCUGACUUAUUUAUGGCAGGUUUUUCCCCUGUGUCUAGAUCCACCCUAAGUUAGCAAUCAAUAGUAAAACAACAGCCAUUUCGAAAACCAGCAGGCCAUGCUGAGUGCAGUGAUAAAAAACUUUUCACAAAGAGGCAGAGCUACCUGCCUCCCAAAUGAUAGCAGGGAGCAGGACUUUACGGAUUUCUUUCAGCAGAGAGUCCUAGUAUACCCGGGGCUGCUACCGAGAAGGACCUGUUUUAUGUGGAUGCUAAUCGGGCCUCUCCAUAAGAAUUUGGAGCAGGCCCUCACCAGAUGUUUCUCAGAUUUGGGGAAGGCAGAGGGGAGAGGGGUUUGCCACAGAGCAUACACUGAACGGUAGCCAACCCUGGCUCAGUGUUAAAUGACUGUGUAUGUUAGAUAUGUUCCCAAAUACCUGGACUGUCACAUUCACACAUUUAGGUGUAUACCUAAAAACACAGCACGUGCAGAGGCUUAGGAUUAAACGGCGUAUCACGGCACAUUUCCUCAGAAAUCAUUAUGCUCCUUCCCUCAUCCCGGCAGUUCUCUGGCCUUCACCUAGCUUCACGAAGCUGAAAUAGAUAUAAAUACAUAUGAACAGUGUGGCCCCAGCAGCAAGAAGCAAAAAGGCAGCUUCCAGAAAGCUUGGUUUAGACAGAUCGGCAGAUACUGUUCUGUAGUGAAGACCAUCUCCAGACGCCAUCCAUUCUGGAGCAGAGUUGAGUGCAGUCUCAUUUUGCAGCACUUUUUCGAAGAGCUGGUCUGGAGUUUGUGCCUUCCUUAAGAAGGGCGAGUGGCAGGACUCCUGAGGUUUUGUGAAUUCACUUAGGAAUGGGUUGUCUUUUGCAGGGUCCUUAGAAGGAGGAGGCAGGAGAGGUGUUUCCAAGUUAGGGCUGGGAAGAGCGGGGCGAGUGAGGCGAUCUCCAGAACAGCAAGGUACAGAAGGACAUUUUUCUGGGUGCUUUUUGGAAUGCGAGGAAGCAUGUUCUCUUCUGCGGUGCUUUUUGGUGGGUGAAGAAUCUCCUUUUGCGUGCCUUGGGGACGAGAGGUCUUCAGGGCGCCUUUUGAACUUUAUUGAGUGAAAAACAGAAUGGAAAGGUUUCUUACAGCAAGGACAUUCGGCCUUGGUUUCCAACAAGUCCUGUGUACAAGAAAAGCAGAAGCUAUGUAAACAAGGGUUUACAUAUAGCAUAUUGCCAAAAGUUCGGAAACAGAGAGGGCACGUGGAAUAUUGAGACGCAUCAGGCGCCCUUAUUGUCUGGUGCAAAUCCUUUGUGCCAGCUUUGGGCGAAGGGCUUUUGGCCUCUGUGAUCUCCUCAUUUAGUGACAUUGGAUCUGUAAGUGAGAAGAGGAACAUUUUAGCAUCCGCAGUGCUAUUAAGAAGGUACAGAACAAGGGUGGGGAAACUGUGGCCCUCUGGUAUGUUACUGCGUUGCAAUUCCUGUUAUUUCUGGACUUUAGCAAUGCUGGCUGGGGCGGACGGAAGAAGGGAUCCAACAUGGAGGGUCACAGGCUCCCUUCACGUGGUAUUGAGCAAUUUGGCAUGUAACCUUUACAGUGACCUGCUGAACAACAUCAGUAUUCCCAACUGAGGACCUGAAACUUAAAGAUACAGUCAUACCUCGGGUUGAAUGUGCUUCAGCUUGAGUGCUUUCGGGUUGCGCUCCGCGGCAACCCAGAAGUAACAGAGCGCGUUACUUCUGGGUUUUGCCGCUUACGCAUGCGCAGAUGCUCAAAAUGAUGUCGCGCGCAUGCACGGAAGCGGCAAAAUGCGACCCGCGCAUGCGCAGACGCGCUGUCGCAUCUUACGUUCUAUCCAGGAUGCAAAUGGGGCUCCCGGAACGGAUCCCGUUCACAUCCCGAGGUACCGCUGUAGUGGCUUGUUGAAGGGUGAGGCAAAAUUUGAAUCCAAAGCUUCCUGGUAUUUAUUAUUAUUAUUAUUAAUUAAUUAAUUUCAGUUAUUUUAAAUGAUAAAAAGUCUCAAACCGGUUUGACAAAAGUAAAGUGCAACAAACAAAAACAGUCUAAACUCAGAAAAUUUUAAAACAGUGAUAAUACAGAAAUAGCGUGGUACCUCUAGUUACGAACUUAAUUCAUUCCGGAGGUCCGUUCUUAACCUGAAACUUUCCUUAACUAGAGGCGUGCUUUUGCUAGUGGGGCCUCUUGCUGCUGCUGCGCCACCGGCACAUGAUUUUCGUUCUCACCCUGGGGCAAAGUUCUCAACUCGAGGUAACUCUUCCAGGUUAGCGGAGUUUGUAACUUGAAGCAUUUGUAAACUGAGGCAUUUGUAACCCAAGGUACCACUGUAUACAAAUGCUCACCCAGCAACAUAACAAUAAGGGCCAAGUCUUACCCACACCACUAAAAGGCAAGCGCCACCAUAGGCAUCAUUUAUUAACCAGUGGCCUGGAUUAGUCUGGUGCCUAAAACUGACAAAGGUAUCACCAGGUGUGUCUCCCUGAGAGAACAUCCCACAGAUUGGGGAGCACCAAUGAUAAGGCUUGUUCUCAGGUACUCACCCUUCAUACCACUCUUGGACUAGACUCAAAUCUCAAUCUCUUAGAGGCUGCGCUACACUAUUGCCACCCAACAGCAGACCCUCCAACAAUUCUCCGAUGAAAAUAGGGACGCCCCAUUCCACAGUGAUAAUUUUACUAUUUAUACCCCAGACAUCUUACUGGGUUGCCCCAGUCACUCUGGGAAGCCUCCAACAUAUAUAAAAAACACUAUAAAACAUUAAACAUUAAAUAAACUUCCCUAUACAGGAUUGCCUUCAGACAGGAAAACAGGGACGUCCUAAGGAACAUCGGGACAUUCCAGGAUCAAAUCAGAAACUGGGACGGCUUCCUUAAAUCAAGGACAUCCCUGGAAAAUAGGGAAACUUGGAGGGUCUGCAAUAGCACCCAGACAGAAAUUCAGGACAAAUGUAAACUUUUGUAUAGGCAAAGCUUCUAAGGCCUUAUUUAGCUUUAUAUGUUAAUAAUAGCCUUCUGGAAUUCGAGGAAAGCAAAAACUCAUUGUAGUUUUGAAAGGUUCUGUCUGCCAUCUUGAUUCAAAAUGCCAUCUGAUUGUACCCAAAUAUAGAUGAAAAACAGCUCCUUGAUCUCAGGAACCAUCGAGCAAGAUUUGGUUACAGUAUCUUAAGAGCUGUCCGAACGCAUAGAGAACAAACAGCUUUCCAAAAUGUACAGUAGGUUUGGUAUUUAGUUGCUAACCAUUACCAGUGCAAUUAAACAAUUGCAUGAAUUAAACAAUUCCUCCUCAUGAGGCUGGAGGAACAUUGCCUGGCUGUGAGUCGUGGAGGUCGCUCCCUGCAAGGCCCUUUCCACCUGGCCUAGAGGGUGAGACCCACACUCACCAGCCCCACUGAAGUGGCUCCUCAUGAGGCUGGAGGAACAUUGCCUGGCUAUUGUUUUAUUGAUUUAAUAUGCUCUAAACUGCUUUGAGCUUUUUAUUAAAAAUAUAAAGCGAUAUAAAAGUAAUGGUAAAGGGACCCCUGACUGUUAGGUCCAGUUGUGGCUGACUCUGGGGUUGCAGCGCUCAUCUCACUUUAUUGGCCGAGAGAGCCGGCGUACAGCUUCUGGGUCAUGUGGCCAGCAUGACUAAGCCGCUUCUGGCGAACCAGAGCAGUGCACAGAAACGCCGUUUACCUUCCCGCCAGAGCGGUACCUAUUUAUCUACUUGCACUUUGACGUGCUUUUGAACUGCUAGAUUGGCAGGAGCUGGGACUGAGCAACAGGAGCUCACCCCGUCACAGGGAUUCGAACCACCGACCUUCUGAUCGGCAAGUCCUAAGCUCUGUGGUUUAACCCACAGCGCCACCCACAUCCCAUAAAGCAGUAUAUAAUUUUUAAAAAAUAAAUAUCAAUAAAUAUCUUAAGAGCUGUCCAAAUGCAUAGAAAACAGACAACUUUCCAAAAUGUACAAUAGGUUUAGUACUUAGUUGCUAACCAUUACCAUUGCAAUCAAACAACUUAUUACAUGUUCAUUCAUCCCAACUUAGUCUUCCGUCCUCCCUUCCCCUCCCCUUCAACACAACCCUUGAAAUUUCAAACCCACCCUAAAAGGUUCAGUUAAAACCUACGUAUUUGUUAUUGAAUCUGUUACACAUUCAGGCCUCUACAUAUGCACAGCAAAGAAAGAAAUCAGGAAAAUUUGAAUGAGAGGAAAAAAGCAGGGGGAGAAAGCAAGGAAAGCGGGGAAGAGAGAAAGCACCAAAUGAUUUUCAACAAAAACCUUUUCAUUCUGCAUAUACCCCAUAAGUCUUCUUUAUUCUUCUCUUACAUACAGUGGUACCUCAGGUUACAUAUGCUUCAAGUUACAUACGCUUCAGGUUACAGACUCCGCUAACCCAGAAAUAGUGCUUCAGGUUAAGAACUUUGCUUCAGGAUGAGAACAGAAAUCGUGCUCCAGCAGUGCGGCAGCAGCAGAAGGCCCCAUUAGCUAAAGUGGUGCUUCAGGUUAAGAACAGUUUCAGGUUAAGUACGGACCUCCGGAACGAAUUAAGUACUUAACCUGAGGUACCACUGUACUUUGAUUUUUAUGUCACUGAAGUCUCAUGAGAUAAGCCAAGACAGUUUCAUUAAGAUCCAAACAAAUUUAUUGGGGAGUGGAAUGGGGAAGGGGGAAAGUCAUAAACCCUUAAGUCCCCAAUGAAUGAUUUGAAAGCCCCAUGACGGGUCCAGGAGAUCCAAAAGAAUUUUGAUCAAACAGGUGAAAAUUUCCUUGGGGGUGGACAAUGAGGGGACAAGGUGUUCAGGCCUACCUGAAAAUAGCAAAGAUUGUUCAAGGUGUUACAUUAGAAACCUGGGCCUUACAUGGAAUAAUAUGUUUUUUAAUUUUAAAAUAAAUAAGCAAUUACAAUAUACACAAUAAUUUCUGCUACAUUGGGGGACUUGUGGCUGGGAAGGACAAACGUACAUCUUAAUGGCGAAGUGAGUUGCUCAGUGAGUCUCUCAGGAGAUGCACAAGAGAUGAUGGAGGAGGAGCGAGGCUCUUCAAGGUUCCAAGACGGUUAGAGUUUGUGAAAGCUCCAACUGUCACUCCCAGUCCCGGCAAGCGUCCCUAUUUUCCAGGGAUGUCCCUGAUUUAGAGAAGCUGUUUCCCAGAUUCUGAAUGUCCCUCUUUCCGUAUUUUCAUUGGAGAAAUGUUGGAGGGUAUGGAGUUAUCUGGCAUGGGACGCGGGUGACGCUGUGGGUAAAACCUCACCGCCUAGGGCUUGCCGAUCGCAUGGUCGGCGGUUCGAAUCCCCGCGGCGGGGUGAGCUCCCGUCUUUCGGUCCCAGCUCUUGCCCACCUAGCAGUUCGAAAGCACACGUAAGUGCAAGUAGAUAAAUAGGUACCGCUUUAUAGCGGGAAGGUAAACGGCGUUUCCGUGUGCUGCGCUGGUGCUGGCUCGCCAGAGCAGCUUCGUCACGCUGGCCACGUGACCCGGAAGUGUCUCCGGACAGCGCUGGCCCCCAGCCUCUUAAGGGAGAUGGGCGCACAACCCUAGAGUCGGACACGACUGGCCCAUACGGGCAGGGGUACCUUUACCUUUACCUUUAUGGAGUUAUCUGACCCCCAAGCCACCUGAAGGCCAUCCUGUAUAGGGAAGUUUAUUUAAUGUUUAAUGUUUUAUUAUGUUUCCAAAUAUGUUGGAAGCUGCCCAGAGUGGCUGGGGAAACCCAGUCCAGGUGUGUGGGGCAUCAAUAGUAAAAUUAUCGUUGUGGAAUGGGACGUCCCUAUUUUCAUCGGAGAAAUGUUGGAGGGCUCAGUGCUUUUUUUCAAAGAAGCCAUCUCUCACUGCUUCUUGCUGGCUAUCUCUCCUGACAGACCUUCGGGAGUAAUGGCUUCCAAGCAAGGACAGCUAUCAGAAGACAGCCUGGUCCUGAUGUGGGCAGCAUGGGAACUUUUUAAAGCAAAACAAACAAGAUGGGCAGGCUUGGGGAAUGGAAAACUCUGGCCCUUUCAAUAAAGUUCAGUAAGGUAAGUUGGCAACCUUCUCCCAAAAAUUCAGAAGAAAUAUAUUUUUCUCUCCCAGUAUAUAUUUAUUUGGGGAAGCUGAGUAUCAUUUUGCUACCAAACAACCAAAGUUUGAGAGCUAAAAAAUAUCUGCACAGCUCUAAAAAUUACAUUUUUGGCUAAUAGGUAAGAAAAGCCCUUCUCACUUUUAUGAACGCAACCCUUAUAUAACCCAAAGGUUACGUUAGAAUAUUGUCCCAGUUACUUGAAAAAGUUGGGGAAAUGACUUUCUUUUGAACCAGGAGCAGCAUUUUUCUGGCACUAUCAAAUCAGAUAGAAGUUUAGAAUUGCUUAUUAUUAUUAUUAUUAUUAAUACCCUGCCCAUCUGGCUGGGCUUCCCCAGCCACUCUGGGCGGCUCCCAAUAGAAUAUUAAAAACAUGAUAAAACAUCAACCAUUAAAAACAUUUUAAAAAUUGGGUUGCUGCACUUAAGAACUCACACAGCCCUAUAAAAACAUAAUAGGAACUAUAACGACGUACCUCUCAGCUUGUUGAAAGCAUCAGUCAGAUUAGGAAAUGUUUGAUUCAGGUAUAAGAUGAGACUAAGAGAUCAAAAGAGACACAUCUCUUAAUUUUUUGGAUUCUGUUAACAUUUAUGUAGAUGCGGGAAAUUUAUUCCUCUGCCCCUCCCCCUCCUAAAGUAUAUUGAAUUAAUUAACAUUAUAUCUCUGGCAAUAGGCAAGACAUUCAGCUCUGGAAAACAGCAACCAUGGUGCUUCAUUGGAAACAUAUUGGUCACUGGAGGAACACAAAACCAAAUUCAAUAGAUCAUUAAAAACAAACAGCCAAGGAAACAAAUGCACAUUAAAAGCUUACUUCCCCAGGCUAGAAAUGCUGAUCAGAAGUGUAUCCAGUGCCAGAUUUAUGCAUAAGCUAAACAAGCUAUAGCUUAGGGCCCCACUCUCUUGGGGGCCCCAAAAAAACUUAAAUGAAAAAAAUCUGGAUGUACAUUUCCCAAAUAUAAGAUAAAAAACAAAUAAAAUAAAACCUACAUACAGCAACAGUGUUUUGUAUUGUGUAGGCUCCUAUGAUGUAAGUCAUGGGCCCCGCCUGCUAGCCUGCUCCCUAAAAUAUCACUGGUUUGCUCAUUUCUAUAUAUAGGGUGCCUACAUUCUGCAUGGACUCGUUAUUUUUUUAUGUGCAAAUGGCUUUAGAUACCUAUUAGGUCCAUAAACUGAAGGGACGUGGGUGGUGCUGUGGUCUAAACCACAGAGCCUAGGGCUUGCCAAUCAGAAGGUCGGCGGUUCGAAUCCCUGUGAUGGGGUGAGCUCCCGUUGCUCGGUCCCUGCUCCUGCCUGCAUAGCAGUUUGAAAGCACGCCAAAGUGCAAGUAGAUAAAUAGGUUCCACUCCGGCGGGAAGGUAAACGGCGUUUCCGUGUGCUGCUCUGGUUUGCCAGAAGCAGCUUAGUCCUGCUGGCCACUUGACCCGGAAGCUAUCUGUGGACAAACGCCGGCUCCCUUGGCCAGUAGAGCAAGAUGAGCACCACAACCCCAGAGUCGUCUGCAACUGGACCUAAUGGUCAGGAGUCCCUUUACCUUUAGGUCCAUAAAUUACCAUAUAGCAUAUAUUCAACACAAAAAACAGUGACAAUUUGUUGUUGACAAAGGACAGCUGGGCAUAUAAAGGGCCCCAUUACCUUCAGUAGCUUAGGGCUUCAUCAAACCUAAAUCAGGCCCUGAGUGUAUCCCCACGCACAUGUUCAGUUAAGACAAGGGAAGAAAAAUGGGACUUUUCUGAUUUUGCAGCUGCCGUACUGUGGGACUGAGGUAAGGAAGAGAAGCAGUGAAGAUACAAUGGGGUGCACCUGCGCUUUUAAGACGGGCCUGCUUCUCCAAGACAACAAUCCAAUGCUGGCUAAAUUCCACAGGGAGAGAGAUCUUAAUGGGCUUGAGUGAGCAGGAAAUUAGACAGAAAGGUAAUUUCAGAGCCUUUUUUAACACUUGGCAGAAUGUCAUGUGCCAAGGAACUGCACGCCUCCCUGUCUUUGACUUGGUUGUUUCUAGAUGUUAAGAGAGCUUCCAGACUGUCCUUGGUUUUGGGGCGGAUUCAGCCACAUCCUGGCAAAUUCAGGCUGCUCAGUUAAAGGUGAUUUCUCAAAAGAUUGGACUUUUCACGACAAGGAGAUGCAUACCGUAAAGAGUGAGGCAACACUUCUUUUCUUCUUCUUCCUCUUUUUUUUCUUCUUCUUCUUCUUCUUGUUCUUCUUCUUCUUCUUCAUUACCGUAAUUUUGUAUACCUAUAACCAUAGAUCUCAGGGUGGUUCAUAACACUUGCUUGACAUGACGUCAUCUAAUCUUCCCACAAACAAAUCAGGAUGAAUCCUUCUUAAAUAGCCAGUGGCAUGUCUUCUUUCUCCAAAUUGGCAUAUAUUAUCUCUGCAAACAAACCAGGCUGUCAAUUUAAGCUUUUGUGUUUCUCUCUCAAGUGAUGUUUCUAUAUUUUGAAACGUUAACAAUUCACAGGAAGUAUUUUUUGAAAUGCUUGCUGAAAUGUUGGUGUGUUCAAGGGGGCGUUUCUGAAUGAGAACCCGUAGUAAUAUUUCUGAAAUGGCAUGUUUUGUAUUGUGGGGUUAGGAGUGAGAUGUAUAUUUAUGACUGAUAUUGAUUUAAAAGUAUAAACCGAACAUGGUUUUUUUGAGGGGAGAGGUUGCCUUAAUUUUGAUCUAAGCUGGAGAAGAAUUUGGGGAAGAAGAAUCUGAGCUGGAGAAGAAUUUUGGGGCUUGUAAAGCUCACUUUGAUGUGGGCUUCACAAUCUCCUGAAACUAGGGCUCCCCCCCCCCCGGCUGGAACUCAGUUCUGGCACCUCUCAGGUGGGCGUCAUUGCCAUUAUAAGAGAACAAAGGAGGCAUCUGUGGUGGGUUCUUGCACCUCUUUUCCUAGAAAAAUAGGAAAUAACGAUUCUCCAGUGCUGAGAACUUUGUUGACAAAAGUGGCUGUCUGAGGACAAAUAUGUGUAGAACAAAGAAAAGGAGAAGGACUGAGGCAAAGGAGGAAACCAAGUACAGGAAGAAUAUGACUUAAGGAACCUUUAAUUUGCUUUACAGAAAGGAAUCUGUCCAGAGACCCAGAGCCAAUCUCUGCUAAGAGCUAGCCUAAACAAACACUAGAUCACAUGGUAAAAAUGUUCUUGGUCUGAAUGACUUCAGGACGUAGGUGGGGGAAUCACAUGGUUGAAUGUAUUCCCACAUUACCAGCAAAAUCCCUGCAUGCUCCAGGGGGAAGAGAUUUUCUUGGCUAAAAGAAAAUCUCUCUAGCAUUCUAUGUGCAGGAUUGUUUAUUUAUUUAUAUGCAUUGAGGGUCCCCAAGUCAUGUGGCCCACCACCUGCAGAUCAAAGUGGGGCACUCUCAGUACAGCUACUGUUCUGGAAUAGAAGAUGCUCUUUUGCCCUGGUCUGUGGUACCCCAUCCACUGGAAUCACGAGCCUUCUGAAAUCCCCUCGUGUGACCUUGCAGACAGUGGAACUGGGGAAUGCAUUUAGCCAGGAUAACAAGGUGAAGGGAGGAUAAUGCAGUUCUUGCAAAUUUCAACAUGCAAAUGAGGCCAGAGGGAUGGGAAAGAUUUGCGGAGCAGGUUGGAUGCAGGGCAAUGGUUUCUCUCUGUCUUUGUGGAGAAGCACUGCUUCAUAGCGACGUAUCCUAGCAAUGUCUGGUUAGUGCUAGGUAUAUGAUUUAAUUGACAACAGACAGAAAUCUAAUCCUGACCUCUUCCCACCCCCACUGCCUGCUUUUUUUAAAAAAAGGUUCUCUGCAGUGAAGGUCUGUGAGGGUCAAAGGAGAGUUAAGGGGGUGAUGGGAGCGAAAUGAUAGGUGCCAUAUGGUUUUCAAAUGUGAAACAGAUUGGAGGUGAAACAUCAGCAUGAAUGCCACAUGCUAAGCCCCAUUUGCAUAGCAAUUUGUUGACCACCACUGCAAGGCUCGUCUGGACCACGGACACUUUUCUGGCUUGCCACUACUUUGAUGCAUCGGAGAAUGCGAUAUCACAACUCAGAAUAAGAAAAUUAAAUAUACACAAUCAGUUGAAACUGGUGGUGCUGUCCCUUCUCUGGCAUAUUUUGUUGUUGUUUAGUCGUUUAGUCGUGUCCGACUCUUCGUGACCCCAUGGGCUAGAGCACUCCAGGUACUCCUGUCUUCCACUGCCUCCUGCAGUUUGGUCAAACUCAUGCUGGUAGCUUCGAAAACACUGUCCAACCAAUCUCGCCCUCUGUCGUCCCCUUCUCCUUGUGCCCUCCAUCUUUCCCAACAUCAGGGUCUUUUCCAGGGAGUCUUCUCUUCUCAUGAGGUGGCCAAAGUAUUGGAGCCUCAGCUUCAGGAUCUGUCCUUCCGGUGAGCACUCAGGGCUGAUUUCCUUCAGAAUGGAUAGGUUUGAUCUUCUUGCAGUCCAUGGGACUCUCAAGAGUCUCUUCCAGCACCAUAAUUCAAAAGCAUCAAUUCUUCAGCGAUUAGCCUUCUUUAUGGUCCAGCUCUCACUUCCAUACAUCACUACUGGGAAAACCAUAGCUUUAACUAUACGGACCUUUGUUGGCAAGGUGAUGUCUCUGCUUUUUAAGAUGCUGUCUAGGUUUGUUAUUGCUUUUCUUCCAAGAAGCAGGCGUCUUUUAAUUUCGUGACUGCUGUCACCAUCUGCAGUGAUCAUGGAGCUCAAGAAAGUAAAACCUCUCACUGCCUCCAUUUCUUCCCCUUCUAUUUGCCAGGAGGUGAUGGGACCAUUGGCCAUGAUCUUAGUUUUUUUUGAUGUUGAGCUUCAGACCAUAUUUUGCGCUCUCCUCUUUCACCCUCAUUAAGAGGUUCUUUAAUUCCUCCCCACUUUCUGCCAUCAGAGUUGUCUCAUCUGCAUAUCUGAGGUUGUUGAUCUUUCUUCCAGCAAUCUUAAUUCCGGCUUGGAAUUCAUCCAGUCCAGCCUUUCGCAUGAUGAAUUCUGCAUAUGUUUAAUAAGCAGGGAGACAAUAUACUUCACUAUAAACAUCGAAAACUGUUGGCUCUGCUUACAGUUCCCCACAAAAUGCCCACUGUAGUUGUUGACCAAGGGAAAACCAGAAAAGAGAAAAUAAAACCAAUUAAGUCAGGGGUAAAUGUUUUUAAUAGGUUGAUCCUCUGCAUUGUAGCAAGGUGAACUGACACAAAGGAGGUUUAUCCAGAACUCAUUAUGGGUGCUUAUUCACGUUAAUGAAGGAUGGCCGAGAACUUAACAUUUUAGAGCACAAACGUAAGCAUGUCUACUCAGAAGUAACAUGGGAUUUUCUAGUAGGCGAGUGCAUGUAGAACUGUGAGAUUUGUAGUACGGAAGCCACCGAUCGAAGAAUGUGAAAUGUGAACAUUACAUUUCUAGGGAGAUUGAAGCCAGCAGAACUUAGACCAAGCGAAGAGCAACAGCCACAAAAACUUGUAGGUAUUGCAGGCGGGAUGGAGGUUGUAGCUCUCAAAACUCCUCUGGGACCAAGCCAACCUUUCAUGACUGAAAAAGUGUCUGCUUGCCUGCUUUUUUUCUUUACAGGCUGGAGUAGCAACGAACAAAGGACUGGCCUGUUCCCAAUCAUGAUAGAAGCCAGCCCUGGAUGCAUGAACCUUUUCAACUACUGUAGGAAUACGAACCCCUGUCUCUCUUUUCCCCGUCCCCUAGAUAAACAUUUUAUCCAGCAGUACCAAUUAUGCACCCCAGAAAUGCUUCUUUCAAAGAAACGGCCAUUGUUUGGUGAGUUUGCCUCCCUACCCAGAUCUUUCCAUUGCUCCCUUGUCCCUCGUUGCUUGUUAUUCCCCCCUUUCUCCCCCCUUCCCCCCCCUCUCUCGAAGCUUUGAAACAUGUUGUUUCCAGAUGUAGGCCCCAAGUGCCCUGUCAAGAGCUUCCUGUCCUGUUGAGUUCAGAGCAGAUGGAAUUACACAAGACUUGGCUGAAAGAAUCCAAUGCUCCAUCUCCUUAAUUAAACCCUGGGAUUGUACAGAGGCUGCCCUAUUCCGGCCAAGGACCCUCGCGCACCCCCACCCCGCAACGUAGUAAAUGAGCGGCUCAUUAAAACCAUGACAUCCCCGCUGACGAGGUGUUCGAAACAAACAUUUUCCCCUCGACAAAUAUACGGCCAACCUCCCCAAUUAACUCUGCUGCCUUCUCAAAGCAGCCAUUGAGGGCGGCUCACUGUUUGCACCCUUGCUCAGUCAAUGGUGCUUUCUUGUAUGGCAGGACCCUAAGUUAGAGACCCUGAAUAAUAAUAAUAAUAAUAAUAAUAAUAAUAAUAAUAAUAAUUUAUUACUUAUACCUCGCCUGUCUGGCCGGGCCUCCCCAGCCACUCUGGGCGGCUCCCAACAGAAUAUUAAAAACACAAUAAAACAACAAAUGUUAAAAACUUCUGGAAACAGGGCUGCCUUCAGACGUCUUCUGAAAGUCAGGUAGUUGUUUAUUUCCUUGACAUCUGGUGGGAGGGCUGUGGAACCACUCGGGCGCCACUACUGAGAAGGCCCUCUGCCUGGUUCCCUGUAACUUCACUUCUUGCACUGAGGGAACCACCAGAAGGCCCUCGGUGAUGGACCUCAGUGUCCGGGCUGAACGAUCAGGGUGGAGACACUCCUUCAGGUAUACUGGGCCGAGGCAGUUUAGGGCUUUAAAGAUCAGCACCAAACGUACUGGGAGCCAAUGUAGGUCUUUCAGGACCUGUGUUAUAUGGUCUCGGUGGCAACUCCCAAUCACCAGUCUAGCUGCCGCAUUCUGCAUGAGUUGUAGUUUCUGGAUCACCUUCAAAGGUAGCCCCACAUAGAGCGCAUUGCAGUAGUCCAAGCAGGAGAUAACCAGGGCAUGCACCACUCUGGCGAGACAGUCUGUGGGCAGGUAGGGUCUCAGCCUGCGUACCAGAUGGAGUUGGUAGACAGCUGCCCUGGACACAGAAUUGACCUAUGCCUCCAUGGACAGCUACAGGUAGGUAGCCGCGUUGGUCUGCCAUAGUCAAAACAAAAUAAAAAAAUUGUGCAUGCACACGAAAGCUCAUACUAAUAAUAAACUUAGUUGGUCUCUAAGGUGCUGCUGGAAGGAAUUUUUUUAUUUUGUCCAUGGACAGCUGUGAGUCCAAAAUGACUCCCAGGCUGCGCACCUGGUCCUUCAGGGGCACCAUUACCCCAUUCAUGACCAGGGAGUCCCACACACCUGCCCGCCCCCUGUUGGCGCCAUUUAUCCUCCAACCACCUCCAGAAUAAUUGGAGGUUUGAUAGGCCCUGCGUUGUGCCUUCUUCACAAGACAGCAAUAUCUCACUGGGUAACCAAAGUAGAUUCGGACAGCAUUUCCCCCAGGGACAUUACUAGGUUCCUGCCUGGGGCACAAACGCAUGUGGCGGAAAGGUGCCUAAAAUUUGCACGUGCUGGUUUACAUGUAUAGAGAUACCUCUGGGAAUGUAAGACUGUGUGUGACAGGAGUGAUGCCAGCCACCCUAUAAACAACAUUUGGAAAAGCGUGUUAAGUUUUAAAAAGUGGGGGGUGGGGUGGGGGGAGAGACAGAUGCAGAUGACCUGGGCCCCUCUGAGCCAUCGCCUAACAACACCCCUGAUUUCUCAUGCUAAAUACCUUUUGGAGAGUUUUCUGCGGCCAAAAUUAAGUAUGUGUGUGUCGGUCAGAGCUCAAACCAUAUAUAGUGUUACAAAAGUUGGGUACCUCCCAGUGCACUUAAAAUUGGGUGGGUGGUGGUGGUCAGGAGAACCCCCAGAACUUUGGGGAGAAUGGGGGGCUAUCAUUCUGUCUGGCUUCAUAAUCACUCUGGUAUAAAUUCAGAACCCAUUUCAGGUGUGGGUGAAGGAUCCCCAAACCCUCUACCCCAGAAAAGUGGGGUGCUUAAAUUGCCCAUAGACUAUAAUAGAGCAAAGCCACAUCACUGGGAUAUUUUGGCGACUUAAACCCUCUGAGCUCUGGGAAAUGGAUGUGGGCAGUAAGGUCCUUUUUUAUAUAUAUAUAAGAUAUUUAUUGAAAUUUUCAAAGUGUUACAAACUAAAAUAAAAACAGGGGGAAAAAAUACAAAAUAAAAAUGAUUAACAAAAUGGAAAAACAAAAAACAAAAAAAACAAACCCCUUCCAACCAUACAAAUACAAAUUCAAAAAUAAGAAAAAGAGACAGAAAAAAAACCAAAAAUACACCACCAACAAUUAAGAACAUUUAAAAACAAAUUCAUUAUUCUCGAAUCCUCAACUGUCAUUACCUUCUUUCUUUGACCUCCUCCUCCUCCCUUUCUUUGUAUCCUAGUUAUUAAUUAUCCCAGCAAAUCCUUUCCAUAUUUCAUAAUAUUCUGUCAUUACAUUACCCUAAACUGUUUUAAUCUUAUCUUUCUAUAAGAAAAUAAACCUUAAAGCUUAAAACUUAAAUCUUAUCCUUACCAACUUCUCAUAACCAUAAUAUUCUUUCAUAAUUCUUUAAACAUCUUUACUAAAGCCGAGUAAUUUCAUUCCAACAUUUUUCUGACAUUCAUCAAUUUUAUAAAACAGUCCUAAUGGUAGAAAAAAGAAAUACAAACAGAUCCAAUCUUCAUCCAACGUCCCUUCCUCCUGGUUCCGGGUUUUGUCAGUCCUUAUUAUCCCAUCGAUCUAGCCCAUUAACCUGGCAACCUUAUAUCCGAGGCCCUCAAGUCUCUUCCAUGUCCCUUCUGCAGCUCUUCUUCAUAUUUGUAUCUGUAUUUUCCCUUGUCUCCUGCUCGUGGUAACUCCAGCUUGGCAAUAUUUUUAACCCUUCUCGACAGAUCAGCCCCUUUCCCAUAUUCAGCACUAAAUUCCAUAUGGUAUUUAAAGGCAUGUUUCAAAAAUCCUCCAAAAUUAAGAGCCCCCACAAUCCCAAACAUCUCACGGCCCAUUGCCAGAUUUGAAAAGUCCAAACAUCCCAGCAUAGGGGGGUCAAUCCAGCCCCCCAUUUCCAAGCCAAACCAAACUUUUUCUUUCCAAAUCUGGCUUUUUCCAAGUUCAUUUGUCAAAUCCGAAAACCCAUAUUCCUGUUGGGCCUGUUCUGUCAGGACACACUCCUGAUUUAAUUCCUGGGUGGGCUCCACAUAUUUUCCCACUGUCUGUUCAAAAUUUCCCACUGCCUGUUCAAAAUUUCUAGUCGAGGUCGCCAUCAAAUUCAUCUUCUCAUGUAACUGUUCCAGUAGGGCAUUUGUUUUAUAGAAAGCACACAACAGAGCUUCUGAAUACAUUGUCCUGCAAGGUCAAAUGCCUAUUCCCACGAUUGUAAUCUGUAACAGCUGCCGGCUCCCUCUAGGGGGGAAACUUCUAUUUGUUCUUGCAACAAAGUUUCCCUUUUUGAGAUACUUUGUCAAUAUUUGUCCCUUUAAAAUGCGAAGGGAAACAGUGGAAUCACUAUGUUUCUCUUCUUUUAGCUAUCUGUCAAAAACGUUUGUCUCUGGUCAAUGAACUUCAAACGUCAGUCCUGACACCCCGCUCCAGGAUCAGGACGGAGGAAAGUUGCUUUACUUUAAACUCACUUUAA